CGGCGUCUGAUAGGCCAGGAUAUUGGGGUGAGCUUCCUGGUUCAGACGCUGCUGCCUCGAUUGUGAUCUGGGAGCCCAGGCUGAGCAGCUGCUGCUCCCCCAGCGGGAUCGGGGCUGGGGAGUGACCGUGAGUAAAGCUUCCUCUGUGCCCAGCCAAGGCUGCAGCGUUAUGUCCCGUCCUUCCAGGAACGAGGGAAAGGAAAUGGCUGCCAUGGAUCCUGUUCAGGGGCCGGUGACUUUCGAGGAGGUGGCUGUGUAUUUCACCGAGGAAGAGUGGGCUCUGCUGGACCCCGCUCAGAGAGCCCUCUAUGGAGAUGUCAUGCAGGAGAACUAUGAGAAUGUCACCUCGCUGGGGUUCCCAGUUUCCAAACCCGAUGUCAUCUCCCAGCUGGAACGAGGGGAAGAGCCGUGGGCCCCAGAUCUCUGGGGCUCAGAGGAAAGAGAGAUCCUGAGAGGCAGCCGCAUGGGUGAUGGGAUGGUGAGAGAGACCGUGGAACAGAAUCCUCAGCAGGAAGAUGAGCAAGUGGAACCGCAUGAGGCAUUAUUGCAAAGAUGCACAGGGAGUGUGUCCAGGAGUUGUGAGCAGGGAAAAAGCUCUCAGGGGCAGCACAGGCCAGAGAAGCAGCAGGGAAACCAGCCAGUGCAGAAGGUUGGCAUAUCUGUUAACUAUCAGGGAACUCUCAAAGGCCUCAAGGAAACCACGGCCCAGCAGAGAAUCCUGACGGGAGAGAGAGAUAAUACAGGCUUUGAGUGCGGGAAAAAGUUCAGGAGGCACUCACACCUUAUUCGCCAUCAGAGAAUCCACACCGGAUUAAGAUCCUAUGGAUGCUGUGAGUGCGGGAAAAAGUUCAGGAGGCGCUCACACCUUAUUACACAUCAGAGGAGCCACACAGGAGAGAAGCCCUAUAAAUGCUAUGAGUGCGGGAAAACCUUCGCUCGGAGCUCAGCCCUUAUUCGCCAUCAGAGGAGCCACACAGGAGAGAAACCCUAUAAAUGCUGUGAGUGCGGGAAAACCUUUGCUCGUAGCUCAGACCUUAUUACACAUCAGAGGAGCCACACAGGAGAGAAACCCUAUGAAUGCUCUGAGUGCGGGAAAACCUUCACUGAGCGCUCAACCCUUAUUCACCAUCAGUGGAUCCACACUGGAGAGAAACCCUAUGAAUGCUGUGAGUGUGGGAAAACUUUUACUCGGAGCUCAGGCCUUAUUACACAUCAGAGGAGCCACACAGGAGAGAAACCUUAUGAAUGCUGCAAGUGCGGGAAAACCUUCACUGAGCGCUCAACCCUUAUUCGCCACCAGAGAAUCCACACAGGGGAGAAACCCUAUGAAUGCUGUGAGUGCGGGAAAACCUUUGCUUGGAGCUCAGACCUAAUUACACAUCGGAGGAGCCACACAGGGGAAAAACCCUAUGAAUGCUGUGAGUGCAGAAAAACCUUCACUCGGAGCUCAGGCCUUAUUAAACAUCAGAGGAGCCACACAGGAGAGAAACCCUAUGAAUGCUGUGAGUGCGGGAAAACCUUUGCUUGGAACUCAGGCCUUAUUACACAUCAGAGGAGCCACACAGGGGAGAAACCCUAUGAAUGCUGUGAGUGCGGGAAAACCUUCGCUCGGAGCUCAGACCUUAUUCGCCAUCAGAGAAUCCACACAGGGGAGAAACCCUUUGAAUGCUGUGAGUGUGGGAAAACCUUCGCUCGGAGGUCAGAGCUUAUUACACAUCAGAGGAGCCACACAGAUGAGAAAACCCUAUGAAUGCUGUGAGUGCGGGAAAUUCUUCCAUCGCAGCUCUUCUUAUUUAUCACCAGAGAAGCUGCAAGGGAGAUAAACACCAUGAAAAUCUUGUCUAGGGCUCAGAAAAGAUUGUUUUUUCCUUUUCCUAAUUCCCUAGUAGCGAACUUUAGGGCAGCAUUUGUGACAUCUCAGCUCCUUCAGGUGAGUUGUCUGCUUUUCCCUUUUGCAGCUCACCCUUCCUUGGAGUUGAAGCACAGUGUUUUUCAUCAACUCCUUUGUCCUGUGUCAUGGAAGUGUGCGUCCCUCCAACAGGAAUGCCUAUCAGUACCAGGUGGGGGAACCAGGAGUGACCUCUACUCGGUACAUGGAGGUUAAAGCUACCUGGGUUUUGACUCCACUAGGGUUUUUCAUGGAGUUAACUGAAUUGAGUUAGUGAUCCUGAUAUAAACACAACUAUGUUUUCAAUGAAGAAAAUAGCCCAUAUAGCGUCCAAGGUAACGUAGCAAAUUUCCUCACCACUGGACACAACCUCCAUCGCUUUUCCUAGUCUAACCAAAUUUGGAGCAUCACUUUUAUACUUUUCCUCCCACUGCAAAAGGAGGGGGCUGAUUUUUGGGGGGAAGGAUAGCUCAGUGGUUUGACCGUUGGCCUGCUAAACCUAGGGUUGUGAGUUCAAUCCUUGAGGGGGCCAUUUAGGGAUCUGGGGCAAGAAUUGGGAAUUGGUCCUGCUUUGAGCAGGGGGUUGGACUAGAUGACCUCCUGAGGUCCCUUCCAACCCUGAUAUUCUGAUUCUAUGAUUGUUAGUCACCAGGUUCCCCCAUUAGGGACUGAUUGCCUUGUUCCCAGUUGUUCCUAGGUUGCCCUGGGUUCUGCCGAAUAGCAGUUGGGUUUUGUACCAUUUUUCUCAUAAGAACAUAAGAAUGGCCAAACUGGGUCAGACCAAAGGUCCAUCCAGCCCAGUAUCCUGUCUGCUGACAGUGGCCAAUGCCAGGUGCCCCAAAGGGAGUGAUCCUGACAUGUAAGGAUCAAGUGAUUUCUUGCCUGCCAUCCAUCUCCACCCUCUGACAAACAGAGGCCAGGGACACCAUUCCUUACCUCAUAGCCAUUAAUGGACUUAACCUCCAUGAAUUUAUCUAGUUGUCGUUUAAACCCUGUUAUAACCCUCGCCUUCACAACCUCCUCAGGCAAGGAGUUCCACAAGUUGACUGUGCGCUGUGUGAAGAACUACCUUUUAUUUUUGUUUUAAACCAGCGGCCCAUUAAUUUCAUUUGGUGGCCCCUAGUUCUUAUAUUAUGGGAACAGGUAAAUAAUUUUUCCUUAUUCACUUUCUCCACACCACUCAUGAUUUUAAAUACCUGUAUCAUAUCCCCCCUUAGUCUCCUCUUUUCCAAGUUUAAAAGUCCUAGUCUCUUUAAUCUCUCCUCAUGUGGGACCCGUUCCAAACCCCUAAUCAUUUUAGUUGCCCUUUGCUGAACCUUUUCUAAUGCCAGUGUAUCUUUUUUGAGAUGAGGAGACCACAUCUGUACGCAGUAUUCUAGUGUGGGUGUACCAUGGAUGUAUAUAGGGGCAAUAAGAUAUUUUCUGUCUUAUUCUCUAUCCCUUUUUAAAUAAUUCCAAUAUCCUGAUUGCUUUUUUGACUGCUGCUGCACACUGCAUGGACAUCUUCGGAGAACUACCCACGAUGAUGCCAAGAUCUCUUUCCUGAUUAGUUGUAGCUAAAUUAGCCCCCAUCAUAUCGAAUGUAAAGUUGGGGUUAUUUUUUCCAGUGUGCAUUACUUUACACUUAUCCACAUUAAAUUUCAUUUGCCAUUUUGCUGCCUAAUCACUUAGUUUUGUGAGAUCUUUUUGAAGUUCUUCACAGUCUGCUUUGGUCUUUACUUUCUUGAGCAGUUUGUAUUGUAUUGUGAUGAAGUGGGAUAGUUCUUAAUGUUUCCUCUGAAUAUUGUGGGGGUGCCUCAGUUUCCCCUAUGCAGUUCUUAAGUAUCUACGUGGUGGGAUAUAGGUGUAUGAUCAUUGCAGAGCCCUAGAGGUGUGUGCAGGGUUGUGUCCCUUUUUCCUGGCAACUGGUGGCCUGGCCCUUACCCCCUGCAAGGUGAGAGCUAAAGGGUUGAAGACAAAGAGAUCAGGUGACCUCCUGGCCCGGGAAAGGGACAAAGAGGAGGAGGGGCUGGAGAGAGUUUC